CGCCCGCCGGGAGCGGGGAGCUGGCGGCAGCGCGGGCCAUGGCGGGCCGCAACCCGGGCACCCAGCUGGAACUUGGCUGGAUCUCAAAAGUGUAUGUGAAUCCACCUGCAGUUGUGAGUCAUGCAGAACGAAUAAAAAACUGGAAAACUGUGAAAGGUAAUUGGCAAGCUGCUUGGCUGCUGAAAGCUGUCACCUGCAUAGAUCUCACCACACUUUCAGGCGAUGAUACUGCUUCAAAUGUUCGCAGAUUGUGUUUUAAAGCAAAGCAUCCAAUCAGAGAGGAUCUGCUGAAAGCCUUGGACAUGCAUGAUAAAGGCAUUACUGUUGGAGCGGUUUGUGUAUAUCCUGCAAGAGUCACUGAUGCUGUUAAUGCUCUGAAGGCUGCUGGUUGUAACAUACCUGUAGCUUCAGUUGCUGCUGGGUUUCCAUCUGGACAAACUCCUCUCGAAACCAAACUGGCUGAAAUAAGGCUAGCUGUGGAAUAUGGUGCCAGAGAGAUUGACAUUGUCAUUAGCAGGAGUCUGGUGCUGGCUGGCCAGUGGGAAAGUCUCUACGAGGAGAUCCGUCAGUGCCGUGAGGCCUGUGGAGAAGCUCACAUGAAAACAAUCUUAGCAACAGGUGAACUGGGGUCCCUCACUAAUGUCUACAAAGCCAGUAUGAUAGCUAUGAUGGCAGGUUCUGAUUUUAUAAAGACGUCUACAGGAAAGGAGGUGGAAAAUGCAACCUUUCCAGUUGGAGUAGUCAUGAUGCGAGCCAUUAGAGAAUUCUACUGGCAAACUGGCAACAAGGUUGGUUUUAAACCUGCUGGGGGCAUUCGGACAGCAAAAGAAGCUAUUACUUGGCUGAUGCUGGUGAAGGAGGAACUGGGAGUGGAAUGGCUAACACCAGAGCUCUUUCGCCUGGGUGCCAGUAGUUUGCUGGCAGACAUUGAGAAACAGAUUUUCUAUCACGUGACUGGCUCUUAUGCACUUCCACAUGACCUGGCAAUGGCUUAGACACAGAACUACUUUUACAGAAGAGGUCUUUAAGCAAACAGUGUUCAGAAGUCUUCUGACAGACAAGUGCAUAUGAUAGAAUUAAAGGCCUAAUUCUCCCUUCUUCAUAUUUUAUAGUAUUUAAAAAUAUGCUCAAGUCUGCUGGUUGUACUUACACAAAAGCAGAAAAAAUGGUAAUUCUGAAAUAGUUAAGCAGUUAAUACUUACAGAUUUGCAAAGUUAAUCUUGCAAAGUCUUCCUCAGACCAGCCUGAAAAGCUUAUUAAUGGCAACACUGAAAUACUAUGAAAAAGAUUUAGGUGGCCUGGUAACACUUCGCAGUCACGGAAUAUGAAAUAUCUAUGGAAUGUUUCAGAUCGCUAAUUAAGAGCUACAGAUCUUGGAAUCGCUUUCCAUUCACCUCAGACACAGCCUUCUGCAACCGAUGUGUUGCACUAUUAAUUGUUAUGUUGAUUCAGUUUCUAGGACUGUAACCUGAGAAAAUGAAACUUGACUAUUACUUUCUUGUAUAAAAUGUCUCUGUAGCAAAAAAUGAUGCUUCUUUUUUUCUUCUUUUUUUGGUGUUUUUUUUUUUUCCCACAAACUUGGGCACAGACAUCCAUAUUUAGACCCUUGAAUAAAGGUGGCUUGAUUUCUAGAACAGCUGAGUAUCCACAGUUGCUCCUGAAGUUAAUGGGAGCUCUGGGUGAUCAGAACAACUGAAAAUCAAGCAGCCUCUAUAUAGGUGCCUAACUAUGCAUUCAGGGGCCUAUUUUUAGGCAUUUCACUCUUAAAAUUUUAGUCUAACUUGCUUAGAAGUUCCCAUUCCCAUCUCCUGUCAUUUUCAAACACAUUCAUGCAAAUCUUUCCAUUUUAAUGUAGGGGGGUUUGACUGUCAGUUUGCAGAUGUCACUGCUGCGCUGGCUGAACUUCAACUUCUUGCUGUUCUAAAAGCAAUUCUUUAAUUUAAAAGGUGAUUUGAAUUGUGUCCUAUACAGGGCUCACAGCUUUAAUGUAAAAAGUACUUUUCUCAGAGCAUGUUAAGAGUAAUACCAAAAUCAUCAACACUUUUGGAAUAUCAGACUGGAGGUAGUAGAUUCAUCAUUUCAGAAGUACAUUCUGCUCAGUAACCAGAGUUGCACUAAAAACUUAAUUAUCUUAUCAUUAUGACUAGUCUCACUGACUUAAGUAGGUCUCAUUGGGGAAGUAAGAGAAGAAGGAUUUUGCUGUAAUUCAAGCUACAAGGUACAUUUAUUACAAAGAGAUCUGUGCUUCAUAAAGUUAAUAACUCAGUUAUUUAUCUGGUUAUACCACCUGAAUCAUCAGUGCUCUACAAAACACCUUGGAUAGAUAGGAAAGCUGAAUAGGGAGAAAAGCCCAAAUAAACAGAAACAACAUUAUACAGAGAGCAACAUCCUAUAUGCGAUUCUCAGUACUAAAAAUAGGCCUUAAUUUCCUAGGAAGUAGUUCAUCCAAGACUCUCAGCCUUUUUCUGGUUUAGGUCUCCACACAGAAAAUGAGGCUGAGCUGUGACUUCCUUUUCACGUUUGUUUUCCUGGAAACUGGCCUUUUUUUCUUUUUACACAGGUUUUCCUUCUGAUUUCCCUGCCUGUUUCUUGAAGGAAAAAUCCAGUGCCUCUCUGCAUAUUUGGAGGAAAACUCUGCUGCUGAGCUUUUCAGAAAUAUUUCAGAAAUAAUCAGCUCCUACCGGGUGCUUGUCAAGUUGACCCUCUGCUGUGCACACUGGAUUUUGCUACUGUUUAGCAAUAGCCAAUACAUGUUAGAACAUAUUUCAGUUGUUUUGUAACAGGAAGAUUCACCUCACUUGCAAAGUAUGCUUUCAUUGUUGUUGUUGUGAGUUGUCUUGUGGACAUUUAGGGCAAAGCCAAAAGCUGGUUUUUUGGAGAUAAUUUAGUUUCCAGGUGAGUGACUCCAUUUGAUUCCUUAAAAUUACUGAAGGUCCAACUUUGUCACCUGCGUAACAUGAGUACCUCUGAGAACAGCCUCACUAUUUCCACGGGAGCUAUGUGUCAAUGAACUUGCCAGGAGAAAUUCUUUAUAUUUCUGUUGACAGCCUCACUUUGUUUUGAUGUGCACAUGGGCUGCUACUGGUUGCUUUGCUUCAGAGGGAACAGGUUCCAUUUUCAGAGGGAGAAGUUUGGCUUCCUGAAAAGUUGAAAAUUGCUGCUUCUUUUAUCCAUGAACCUUGCAAACACACCACUGUGAAACACUGCGUUACUCCAAGCCAGCCAGUGUUUUGGGAGAAACUGGAAAGUAGUUUAAAUGUUUUUGUUGUUUGGUUUUUUUUUUCCUCCUGUUGAAACCUGUAAUUUUGGGGAGAAAAAAUAAUAGAGGAAAAAAAGUAAAAGUAACAGAAUCUGUAAAUACAUUCAAA